AUGCUGCUUACUAUCAUCGUCGGAUUGAUAGGCGUAGUGCUGCUGUACUUGGGCCCCAAGCUAAGAAGAUUUAGUAACAACUACCAAGUAGCCCGUGCUACUGGGUUGCCCGUGAUUCUAUGCCCUUACAAUCCAGAUAGUACAAUAUGGGCCUUUCUCUGUGUCCCCCUCCGCCCUGUGCUUCUUCGCAUCCUCCCCGCUGCUCUAUUCGCCACUGUCGAACUGAGUAUCUGGUGUUGGGAAUUUCGUGACAAGUAUGCUAUUCACGAAAGGCUUGGGCCUGUCUUUAUCUAUGUCACCAUGGGAAACAACCGUCUCAUCUGUGCCGACCCGACAAUGGCUACCGACAUCUUGUCUAAUAGGCGAGACUUUACUCACCCGGACAUUACCAUAACAUCCAUGGGUGUUCUGGGAGCCAACAUCAUGACGGCAAGUGACUCGUGGUCGCGCCACCGUCGUAUUGUCGCUCCUGCUCUCAAUGAACGCAUCAGCCCACACGUAUGGACAGAGGCCGCAGAACAAGCAUCAUCCCUUUCCGACGUUUUGUUAUUAUCAAACUCGACUCCUACUGCCCAAGAAUCCGCCAACACGCUUCACAGCCUUCACAAAGUCGCUUUGAACGUCUUGGUCCGGAUUGCCUAUGGUCGCAGGCAGCCUUUUUCUCUGUCUCCGCCGCCAUCUAGUACUGAAUCAUCUGCGCAAACCAGAUAUAUUGACGCAAUUGUAACCGUCGUUGAACUUCUUGCUGCAGCUGCAUUCAUUCCGCGCACCUGGCUAACGCUACCUUUCAUGCCACAGGCACUGAAACGACUAGGUACCGCAAUGAACGAGAUGCCAGAUCUAGUGAAGAGUGUGCUUGAUCGAGAACGUCAAGAACAUCUUCUUGCACAUUCGAAUGUCACAGAAGCGACAGAGAAUUCAAAAAAGAGUUCAACUACCAUCAUGACCACGCUUGUUCGCAUAUCGGAUCAGGAGAAGGAGCAAAACAAAACUUUAGCUUCAUCCAAAACUAUUACCACAUAUCUCACAGAGGAGGAAAUCGCUGGAAAUCUUUUCGUCUUCACUGCCGCUGGUUAUGAAACGACUGCAAACACAAUGGGCUACGCCGCUACUCUUCUCGCCGUUUAUCCAGAAUGGCAGGCAUGGAUACAGGCCGAGAUCGAUGCUGUUUUCGAAACACAAAGCCCAUCACAGACAGACUAUUCGACGGUUUAUCCUAAGCUAGUGCGGUGUUUAGCCGUCAUGUUUGAAGCGGCGCGCCUCUUCCCACCUGUAACACUCAUGUUGCGGGACGCGAUAACAAGCCAGACGCUAAAACUUGGCGACCGCACCUUCUCACUUGCAGGCCCAUUCGGCGCAUACAUCAACACAAUAGCCUUACACACUCUACCUUCUACAUGGGGACCCGACUCCCUCGAAUUCAAGCCUAGUCGCUGGCUGGACCCCAAUUCGCCAGAGCCCGUCCUGAUCACACCACCACACGGCACAUAUAUGCCGUGGUCUGUUGGUCCCCGCUCAUGCCCUGGAAUGAAGAUAUCCCAGGUGGAGUUUGUAUCUGUCAUGGCGACACUGUUUCGCAGAUGCAACGCUCGACCUGCACGCAAAGAAGGCGAGAGUGAAGAGCAGGCGAAACAACGGUUGCGGGAUCUAAUGGAGGAUAGCCAGAACGUGUUGACGCUGAGGAUGACGAGACAAGAUGAGGUGGGAAUUGAGUGGGUUGAACGAAAGACUGGUUAG